CGUGUCUCGUGACCCAGAAUAGGAAGUAGUUUGAGAAGGUGGUGAAAGUAAACAUAAAGUAAAAGUACAGGAAUAAAGCUGAUGGGUGAGAGAGAGAUUGAUUGAUUGAUUAUCGACAGUGAUGAUAAACACAGACUGAGAGCCCAGAAGUUCAGUCAUAAAGUGGCAGGAGUCAUUUAAAGCAGGAGAGUGCACACACACACACACACAGGAGCCUGGUUGUGGACUGCACACAGGGGGACAACAUCUGACGUGGAUUAAAGGUUGUUGGAGAUGUGGUGGUUUCAGCAGGGGUUGUGUGUCCUGCCAGUGUUGCUGGUGGUUUGGACAGCAGCUACGUUUGUUUUUGCUUACAUCACAGCAGUGGAACUGGGACAUGUCGACCCCUUUGUCCCCUACAUCAGUGACACAGGAACGGUUCCUCCUGAGCGGUGUGUGUUUGGGGUCAUGCUCAGUGUCUCAGCAUUUCUGGGCAUUGCCACUAUGUAUGUGCGUUAUAAGCAGGUGGAGGCUCUCACUGAUCAGGGAGAAAAGCAGCUGCUGAAGCUCAACACUCUGGGCCUUGUGCUGGGUUGCAUCAGUUCCUUUGGCAUGUGUGUGGUGGCAAACUUCCAGAAGACAACAUUGUUCUCGAUGCACCUGGUGGGUGCAAUGCUGACGUUUGGCGUGGGGGCGCUCUACAUCCUGACACACACACUUGUUUCUUACCGCAUGCAGCCGCACAUCCACACGAAACGAGUGUUCUGGGUUCGGCUGAUCAUCGGCCUGUGGACCUUCAGCAGCAUCAUCAGCAGCAUCCUCACUAUUCAUCAUCAUAAUCAUCACUUUCACUUGUUCGUGUCCUCAGUGAUUCUGUACAGCAGCCUGCCGGGAUUAGAGGUGAACAAAAAACUCCACUGGAACCCUGGAGAACCCGGUUAUACGGCUCACAUGGUGAGCACUGUGUCUGAAUGGUCUCUGGCGUUUUCCUUCAUCAGCUUCUUUCUCACCUACAUCAGAGACUUUCAGAAGAUCAACCUCAGGGCUGAGGCGGACCUUCAGAGCAGUAAUCUGCAUGACUCCUCCCACUUUGGUUCAACAUGGAUCCCUGGAGAGACGUCUCCCUUACUGGCUGGAUCCAUCUAAACCCACAAGUACAUACAAAGGCCCACACAGACCACCACAACACACACACUUUUUUUUUUUUUUUUUUAACGUAAUGCACAGGGAGUUGACCAGUAGGAGGAGAGAUCUGUUUUGAUUGCAGCUGGUUCUCAGGGUGAACAUGUGGAGCUGUGGUUCUGUUUGCGUGGAGCAGCUGUUUUUUAAAAACUGUACAAUAAUCACUGAAAUCUCUCUGGACUCGUUUAACUUUCUCUCACUUAAAUCUGGGAAAACUUUCACAUGCUCACUGGUGUUUUUUGUUUAGUGUUGAUUUUUCAAUUCUGUGAAACUGUUCAGUGUUUAAAUCACCUCAUCUUUAACAGCAGCAGGUUUUAAAUAUUUACCUGAGAAAACAGAACAUGGGUUUCAGUUUUAAUUCAGAACACACUGCUGUGUGCAGAUUAAAAUGUUUUAUCGGCUUCAACCAUCCGUCUGACAUUUAAUUCUGUAACAGCAUGGAACUGAAACUGUGUGUGAUUUGUAGUGUUUGCUUUAUUUUUUAUUUUCCACUCAUUAUUAGCCGAGUUAGCGUUUCUCAGUGUUGAAUCAGAGUGUGAAUGUGUAAAAAGUCCUGUUGUUAAUUUUAAUGUACUUUUAUUUAAGUGCUUAGAUUUAAGCAUGAACUAGCUUAGCACAAACUCUAACAGUUAAUCAAGCUGGAAAAAUUCUUUAAAUUAAAUUUAUCCACUUAUUUUUCAGGUUAUUUGCACUAUUCCUGAUUUAACGUUGAUGUAUUCACCAUAUUAGUGUUUCUCUGCUCUUGAUUGAUUGAUUGCUUUAUUCCGAACAGUAAAGAAGAUAUAAAAACAAACAAAAAAACAAAAAAUAAAAAUAAAAAAUGCAAUCAUCAAAACAUCGUCAUAAACAGAAUAGUGUAGCCACAAGGCCGUAACAUAAUAAUGUUCAGAAAGGAUUAGGAAGAAGUAAAUAACUUAUCCAAUCCUAACCCUCUAUACCACCGCUAAUCAAACGUCACUUUCCACCAUAAUAAACUAUAUAUACAAAAGAAAGCAAAAUCAACAAAAAAACCCCAUACCAACAUACCAAGACUUAUCAACAUGGUAUAAUAUCGCCCAAAUCAAAUCAUUCAUUCAUAUAUACACAAAUACUUAUGCAUAUAUAUAUACACAUACAAUACAUAUAUACAGUACAUACAUAUACACAUACCUAUAACUAUACACAUCCAUAUGUACACAGACACCCAUAUCAUAAUUAUGCUUAUAUAUUAUAUACAAUUAUGAUAUAUACACACUCACUUUUUAUAUAAUAUAUCCGUAUGUACCCAUACCCACAUAUAUACACUUAUAUUAUCAAUAGCAUGCUAUUGUAAUUCCUCCUCCCUAUACCUCAUAAAGAUCUGUUCUUUAUACCUUUUUUUGAACUGGUUUAUAGUUGUACAUUUCAUGAGCUCCACAUUCAAACUGUUCCAUAGCUUUACUCCACAAAUAGAGAUACUGAACUUUUUUAACGUUGUCCUAGCACUGCAAAUUUUAAAUUUCAAUUUCCCCCUAAAAUUAUAGCCCCCCUCUCUAUCCGAGAACAUUGUUUGGAUAUUCCUUGGUACUUUAUAAUUCCUUACAUUGUACAUUACUAAGGCAGUUUUAUAUUCUAUAAUAUCCCUGAAUUUUAAACAUUUUGAAUUUAAGAAUAGUGAAUUAGUAUGAUCUCGGUAACCAGCACUAUGAAUUAUUCUUAUAGCUCUUUUCUGAAGUAUAGUUAUUGCAUGAAGUGAACAUUUAUACGUAUUUCCCCACACCACUGAGCAGUAAUUUAAGUACGGUAAAACCAGGGAACAGUAAAGAAUGCGGAGUGAAUUAUAGUCCAGGACGUGCUUAGCUUUACUCAACACAGAUAUGCUUCUUGAUAGUCUCAAUAGUGUGUAUUUUAUGUGAUUUCCAAUUAAUUCUAUCAUCUAUUAUUACCCCAAGAAAUUUAUUAGAAACUCUUUCAAUAUCAACACCAUCUACCUGUACAUUUAUUGCCCUAUUUAUUUUAUAAUUAUUAAAUAACACAAUUUUUGUUUUAGACAGAUUUAAUGAUAAUUUAUUUCGAUCAAACCAACUUUUUAACCUGCACAAUUCUGAAGAGAUUGUUUUCUAACUCAUGUAAAUUUGUUCCAGAACAAAACAGAUGUGUCUUCUGCAAAUAAUACCAUCUUAAAUAUCUUUGAUACAUUGCACAUAUCAUUUAUAUAAAGAAUAAACAGUUUAGGACCCAAUACUGACCUCUAAGGGACACCACAAUCAAUAUUCAAAUGAGUUGAGACAGAGUCACCCAACUUCACAAAUUAUGUCCUGUUGCUCAAAUAACUUUUUAUCCAAUUUAAUACAACUCCCCUUAUCCCAUAUUGUUCCAUCUUAUUAAUUAAUAUAUCAUGAUUAAUAGUAUCAAAAGCUUUUUGAAGAUCAAUAAAUAUCCCAGCGACAUAUUUCUUAUCUAUAGUGUUACUCAUUUCUUCAGUUGAUUCCAUUAGUGCCAGCUCUGUUGAUCUAUUUGCUCUAAAUCCAUAUUGACCAUCACUGAGUUUGUAUUUUUCAAUGAAUUUAUCGAAUCUGUUAUUGAAUAGUUUUUCGAGAAUUGAGGAAGUAAAGAAACAGGUCUGUAAUUUGUGAAGUUGUGUUUGUUCCCAGAUUUAUACAAUGGAAUUACUUUUGCUAUUUUCAUAUUGCUUGGAAAUGUACCGGUUUGAAAUGACAAGUUACAGAUGUAUGUUAAUGGUUUAGAAAUCCCCCCAAUAAUAGUUUUCACUAGUUUCAUAUCAAUACAACAAGCGUGCAAACGGCGCACUUUUCGGCACAUUCCACUUUUUCCCCGGCAUUUUGGGCGACUUGUGUAAUUCGUGCAGAUCCGAAGAGUUUUUUUUUUUUGGGGGGGGGGGUUGCUCUCCGGUAAUCCACUCUGGUAGUAAUGAUAGACCCGAGUACUGUGCAGACCAUACAACGUUUGGUUCCCCCUGGUGGAUAUAUGGAACCAUUGACAGCAGAGAUAGUAAGAUUGACGGUGUAGCUGCUGGCUGCUAUUAUAAUAUUCAACAGCGUUCCGUUACAAACUGCUUGCUGCUACACUGUCAGUGGAUGGAACCGAUGGCUGGGCAAUCUGGUUGCUAAGGAACGUGACUCCCGGGCUUUUCCUCAGAUCGGUGUGUUCAUUUAUCAACUUGCUGAAUUUCAUCUACUAGUGUGUAUUUCUUUGGAGCCUCGGUGACUGGGAGUAAACGAUCAGCAUUGAAGUGGAAGUCAUUUACUCGUCUACAAUCAAAGCGUAAGUGUUAAAAUAAUUGUGCAUAUAUAUAUUAACUUUGUCUCUCGUAACCCCGCCUCCUUCAUCUAACCAUAUUAGCCAUGACCUAUCCUUGGGGUAAAAAACGCCUGAAAAACGUAAUGUUAUUUGAGGAGUUGCAUGAUGACUGUAUAUGUUCUCAACGUAGUGUCUACAUGGGUUAAUGACUAUUGUUUUUUUGUUCCUAGAUAAUAUUUAAGUGCCGUAAUACCGUUCUAUAUGUGCAAGAAUUGGUCUUAUUAUAGCUUGUGGCUGUCUGGCUUAGUUAAAAUGCUAACCGUUAGCACCCGACUAGCUGCUAUUUUAGAACAUCAAGUGAUCAAAUGGUAAUGUGUAACCCAUGUGUGUGUUAUAUGAGUUCGUGGUGCAUACAUCCAUCCGUGGUAGCCACAACAUUACAGUCACUGAGGCUGUCUAAAUUAAGCAAAAACAUUGGCGAAUUUCGCCUCCUUUCAAAGUCAGUGACAGCGAAGCGAAAUUCGUUUGUGUUGGGAUGGACCGUAAUGAAGUCUUUAUUUAAACAUUCUGUUUCAUGUGUUUGCCGGGUGGGCCGUGAGUGCAGCCUAAUGUUAAACUAAUUAAGAUUUGGCUACCGACUUGGCUAUAUUUACAGUGUCAGUGUUGGGUAAUUUGGCUUCAGUUACAAUCCUGCACCCACUGUGUUGCUAUGUUGACAACUAGCUUACUUCUAAACUAUUUAAAAGCUUGACAUGAUUCACCACUUCACUAAAUAGUCAAAAGAGGGUCCCAGCAUUCAAAACGAGACAUUUGGGAGGGCUGACAGUGUAUAAAUUGCUGAUUCGAUAGGUGGGAGUCAGACCAGUCGAGAAGUACAGUUGCCACAGAAUUGUUCAGAAGGGAAGAUGUGAAGAUGGGCCCAGUAGAUAAGUGAAUGUGUAGGAGUAUGAGGGCUGCAGGAAGGAAGGACAAGGAAGAGAGAGAGGGGAAGAUGUUGGCGAAACGGAGGAGGCUGAGUGAUUUUUGGUUGCAGCACAUCUUGCGGAAGUGCCCAGGCAUCGAAAGCAACAGCUCAAGCUGACGAAAAACAAGAAAGACUGAGACAUGCAGCCAAGCAAAAGAAUGCUGCCAGAGGCAAGGCACUACACAAACUUCAGGAAGUGGCAAAGAAAAGGAAGAAAAAGGAGUAAAGAUGGACUGACUUUGGGGUGGGGAACUGAAGAUGGAUUGGGAACUGAAUUAAUGAAUAAUAGUAAUUAAUAAAUGUUCUGUUUUGUUGAAA